AUGCUCAGACAACUAGUCCCAUAUUCCGGUAGAAAAGACGAUCCAACCAUACGCCACAUGUUUGUGUUCACCCUCCCUCGUCGUGACGACGAGGCUAGCAAACCACCUCCAACUGCGGUUUCCAAGACAACUGCACACGAGCAGAUGGUCCAGCUCUUACCAAUGCACCCUGUGGAUUGAAAGUGUCCUAAAGUUUGGAUUCCGCCAGGACACGUGACAAAGGUCUCAUCUGCUGCAUGUGCUAAUUACUAUUGUAUGAUUCGACCCUUAUUGUGGUCGCCAGGAGCCCGCAUGGGACGACAAGUGCAGGAGGGGAUGAAUGGAGUGCAGCAGCCGGAUCGGUCUCGAAGGUACCAGCCAGGCGAAACAAAAGCCAACUUGUGCGCCCGCCCCCAGCGUGUAGCUUCAAGGAAAAGUGGGCAAAGUGCAAAACCUGUCAGGCCGAGUCUGCCGAUUCGAUUGGCUGGCCAGCUGACCGGGCACUCGAAUGAAGCCAUCCCGUUCGCCCCAUUGGCGGAUUUCGGUCAACCACCAACAGUCAACAGCCAAUCAGAAGCCUCCAACUCAUGCUGA